GAGCAAUAAAUCCAUCUCGCCACUGAAAAAACGAGCAUUGACGGAUCGCAUAGGGCUGGAAACCCAUCUACUGCACAUUUAGACGCCCUGCUAUGAGACGGAAAUGAAAUGCAACGUUAUUUGUUGCUACUGCUGGCCAUCGAGAAAGUUGUGUCAUACAAGCCGGUGUCGGUGAUCCAUCCAGUUCAUAUCAUAGUUCCACUACCGCUAGAAGAUGAUACCGAAGAACUCAAGAAUCCUUUUGGACUUACUAUUCUCAAGGUUCGGCCGGUUAUUGAUCUCGCACUAGACGAUGCUUAUAGGAAAUUUCAAUAUGUGCCACCCGAUUCUAUGGCAAUUACCUACCGUGAUAGUCGGUUGUCAGACGCACAUGGGCCGAAUGUAGCCAUUCAGCAGUUAGUUAAGAAUCGUUUGGAUUGUAUUAUUGGAUAUGCUUUCGUGUACGCUUUAGCACCAGUGGCACGUAUGUGUCCAUACUGGCAAGAUGAUGACAGUAAUGGUAUUCCUGUAAUCACGCCAAUCGGGUUGACGAUGAACCUCGACAAUAAGAUGGAGUACCAAACAUUAACUAGGAUUAGUGGUCCAUAUAAGGUGGUGGCUCAGAGUGUAGUGGCAUUGUUUCAAUAUCACAACUGGACACGACACGUAUUUCUCUUCCAUCAUGUGAAAGAUGCAGCGAUGGCCGUUGGUGAAUGCUUUCUACUGAUGGCCAGCAUACAAGUCAAAGUCAAGCAGUUAAUCAAAAUGGAGCACAAUUUCUUUACCUUCAAUCAGAACGAGAAACUAAACCGCAGCCAGUUUAGGAAUUAUCUGAGACAAUCAAGUUUUCUAGGCAAAGGUAAGCUUUUCGACAUGUGA